UUUAUUGUGCAUGAUAUGAACUCGUGAUUCUUUUGGACAUGUUCUUGAAUCUUGAUGGUUUCGUAAAAGAAAAAAACUAACUAAACGAGAAGACGCUUUUGAGGAUUUCAAAACAUGGGAUUUCUUAGCAGCUUCUUGGGGAUUCUUGGUUUUGGAAUUGGACUUCCUCUUGGUCUCUUGGUGGGUUUCUUCUUCUUCAUUUACUCCAAGCCCAAUGAAGCUGAGGAUCCUAUUGUCAGACCACUUAAUGAGUUGGACACAAGUGCUUUGGAAGAUCUUCUGCCUGAAAUCCCUUUGUGGGUGAAGAACCCUGAUUUUGAUCGAGUGGACUGGUUAAAUAAAGUAAUCUUGGAGAUGUGGCCUUACCUUUCCAAGGCAAUUACUGGUAUGAUAAGAAGUACAGCACAACCUAUAUUUUCAGAGUACAUUGGGAAGUUCCAGAUCGAAACAAUCGAGUUUGAGAGCCUAAGUCUGGGAAAUCUUCCACCACUGCUAUAUGGGCUUAAAGCCUAUGAGACAAAUGAGAAGGAGUUAGUCAUGGAAACGCCAGUUAGAUGGGCUGGGAAUCCCAACAUUACCUUGGUGAUCAAGUUGUUGUCUCUAAGAAUUACAGUUCAGUUAGUAGAUUUACAAAUAUUUUCAACUGCGCGGAUUGCUCUGAAACCUCUUGUGCCUUCCUUUCCAUGCUUUUCAAACAUUGUGGUGUCUUUGAUGGAAAAACCACAUGUAGAUUUUGGAAUGAAAAUAUUGGGAGGGGAUCUCAUGUCUAUACCUGGCCUCUAUCGAUUUGUUCAGGAGACCAUUAAAAAGCAGAUCUCAAGCCUCUAUAUUUGGCCCAAAACUCUCGAAGUACCUAUACUCGAUCCUUCGACACUGGCAAUAAAGAAGCCUGUGGGAAUACUACGUGUGAAUGUCGUUCGAGCUCAUAAGCUAUUGAAGAAGGACCUCUUAGGAGCUUCUGAUCCCUAUGUCAAACUCAGCUUGACAGGUGAAGGUCUGUCAGCAAAGAAAACCACUGUCAAGAAGAAAACCUUGAACCCCGAGUGGAACGAAAACUUCAAACUCGUGGUGAAGGACCCGCAGUCUCAAGUUCUUCGGUUACAAGUUUUUGACUGGGAUAAGGUUGGUGGGCAUGACAGGUUGGGAGUACAGUUAAUUCCCUUGAAACUGCUGACCCCUUAUGAGACAAAGGAAUUUACACUUGAUUUGCUCAAGGACACAAAUAUUAGUGAUUCCCAAGACAAGAAGAGACGGGGCCAAAUCGAGGCUGAGCUGACUUUUGUCCCGUUUAAAGAAAACAACCUCAAAUUUAGUGGACCUUUGGUUGUGUAUGGAAGAAAGGAAAGUAGCGACGACAAGCCGUCAGAUGAUGGAGCCCUCAGUGGAGCAGGUUUGCUUUCGGUUAUGCUCCAAGGAGCGGAGGAGGUUGAGGGGCAAAGUCACAACAACCCUUAUGCUUUGGUCCUAUUUAGAGGAGAAAGGAAGAAAACAAAGAUGAUCAAAAGAACUCGCAACCCACUAUGGAACGACGAAUUCCAAUUCAUGCUUGAGGAACCUCCAUUGCAUGAGAGAAUUUAUGUUGAGGUUUUCAGCAAGAGAUCACGCAUAAGCUUCCUAUCAAAGGAAUCCUUGGGCCAUGUGGAAAUCAAUCUUAGUGACGUCGUUAGCAACGGGCGGAUCAAUGAGAAAUACCAUCUGAUCAACUCGAAAAACGGAACAAUACAUGUCGAGAUGCGAUGGACUACGGUUUGAGAAAUUGGAUUGCGG